AUGGAUUACUAUACCUUUCUGCCCGAGUAUCAUGAACCCAACCAAAACCCUAGGUACUCAACUACAUAUACAGAUGGGCUUCCCGAAGUAGAUCCUUCUCUUUUCGAUUACACCAGCAGCCCACAGUCUCAGCCGCCUACAUCAGUAAAUCACCACACUAGCACAAACGAAGCUACAUCUCCAAAUAUGAGCACCCCUACGAUAGAUACAAAAACUGUCUACCCGGAAGUCAUGAUGUCAGUUGCGGCUGAAUAUCCCGAUCUUUUUCCAGAAAAUGCAUUUCUACGACAAAGACGCCGGCUAGAAGUAAAGUGGUGCGACAUUGCAGCAGAGUUAGAGGAGCUAGGAUGUGGGAAAAUUCAAGAUGCUUGUCUUCAAAUGCGUAGUAAAAGGAACACAGCUUGGUUCGGCAUAAGCAGCGAUGAGUCGGCCAAGCGACACCGCCGAUCACAGAAUGCAUCGAAAACCCGUCGGAUCCGGCAAAAUAAAAAGGUUGAAGAGCAAUUACUUCAACAAAAAACAAUAUGUGAAUGUCUACAAGCGGCAGCUGUCGGUACACCUGACGUUGACCAACCCGCCCCCGAAUCCCCCGAAUCCCCCAUGCACGACCUCCCUCAAUCAGCUGGUGAAGAGCCAACCGAUUGGCCAGUGGGCGGAUGUGUGAACCAAUUUUUAUUUCCACCGAGUCGCCGCUUAAAAUACCAAACGAAUUUAUAUAAAUUGAAUAUGUAA